AUGGCAGAGAUAUAUGCUGAUGCGGCUGCUGCCGCAGUGGGUGCCGAUGAUAGUGAUGAGGAGCUUGGAGCUCCUGCUGGGGCAUUUGUGCCUCCUGGGAACCCGUUUUCCCCAGCGUCUGCUGCAAGCAGAGCACCGCCGAACGAGGAGCGGUUGAUGCAAGUGUUGGAAAACCUGACAACCCUUGUUUCCAACAACACUGGAGCGCCUAGGGAGCAGGCGAUCCGAGGGCGCGACCUUGCAAAGGUCCUCAAGGCUCCUGAGCCUUUCCGUCCCAAGGACCGGGAUGCAGAGCUUUCACUGUGGGCUAAUUGGUCUUGGGAGUUGGAACAGUACCUGUCUUGUCUUGAUCGAGCAUUUGGCGUGGAGCUUCAGACAAUCCGUCGUAGGCCUGCCAAUCCGAUUGCACUUGCAUCCUUGACUGAAGCUGAAGCAGACAGGUCCCGACUUCUUUACGGUGUCUUAGCCGGGCUCUUGCAUGACAAAGGCAAGCGAGUCUUGAAAUCCUUGACAGAUGCAAACGGGUUUGAGGCAUAUAGAAUCCUCAGUCAAGAUUUAAUGCCGAGUUCGCGCAAUCGCAUUUUGGCGCUGUUGCAAGCAAUACACUCGUGGCCCGCAUUUGACAACCGGACCGGCCUUAUGACCCAACUCACCCGCUUCGAGAGUGCGGUGAAUGAAUAUGAAGGCUUGACUGGCACUAGCAUGUCAGACGACAAUCGUUUGGCCGCCGUUCUUCGAUGUCUGUCCGGACAACUCAGGACCCAGGCCACCGUCUUGAUCACAGAAAGCUCCACGUAUCAGGAUCUUCGGAAUUUGAUUGAGCGCUGGGACACUUCCCAGACAAAGUGGAGCACUUCGAUUGCCAGCACGUUUGGCAUUGCAUCUUCGUCCUCAGGCGGUCCCGCGCCCAUGGAGAUUGAUCGUGUGCAGCCGUCAGACAGUGCAAGCCAGGCUGCAGCAUCGAGCACGGCAACCACAGCCGUUCGCCGUGUGCAGGUCUUUGAUCUUGGUGACACGUCAAGCUGGUUUGCAGGCGGCCAUGUGCGUGCCGUUAUAGCCGAGCCGGGUUUGAGAGCCAAGGCAAUCCAGUGCCCCACAGGUUGCAUGCCGAGAGGGAUUUCAGAAUUUUCAGAUUUUGAUUUUCUUGAUGCAAUGCGUGCCAGCCACCUUGGCUUGGGAUAUCCAGUUUCAGAUGUCUUGACAAUUUCGGGAGUUGAGCGCUUCGAGUGUUCGGAUGGCUUGAGCGAUUGUCUUGAUAACAUUUUCAACGGGUUUGAGAGCCGAGGCAAUCCAGUCCCCACAGGUCGUUUUGAAUUUUACGAUCAGUGCAGCGUGCCAGAGGGUCCCAUUUUGCUUGAGCAAGAUCAGUGCAGCGUGCCAGAGGGUCCCGGGUCUGAGUGUGACCACAGCUUCGACAUGUCAGCUUGUGAUGCCAAUGCAGGGUCGUGGUGCAUAGCUGCAUCGACCUUUGACCUUCAGGACGAGUCAGACUGCAGCGGGAUUCCUCAGUUUGUGUGCGCAGUGCAUUCCAUUGACAUGUUGGUGCACGACUCAGAAGCUCAUGAGAUCAUCCUUGACAGUGGAGCAGACAUGAGUUGCCUGCCACUUUGCUAUGCCACGCAUGGCACCAGUCAGGGCGCCGGAGGCUUGGCAUUGAAAGAUGCACAGGGCGAGCCACUUGCUGUGAACGAUUUGAGAGAAGUUGAUUUCGUUUUGCAGAGUGAGGAAGGUGAGCCGAUUGUGUGGCGAGAAGUUUGCGCGAUUGCACCUGUCACUCAGCCUCUCUUGUGCAAGGGCAAGCUCAUGCGUGCUGGGUGGUGGCCACAGCGCAGGCCCACCAUGUGUCUUGAGCAUGACAGUGGCAUCCGAGUGCCGAUGAGCUUCAAGGGCAAUUCGCUAUGCAUCAAAGCUGCCAUUUACCGUGUCGGUGAGCAGUCUGUGAAUCCUGCACUCCAUGUCAGGUUUGUUCAAGCAACGAUUGAUGCCAGCAUGAUUGAUGCACCGUUUGGAUGGCAGAUGUCAGAGCAGGGUGAUAUGUUCUUCCGCGGCCGAGGGUCGCACUUCAUCGAUCCUUCCAUCGUUGCCCCUGUUGGGUGGCCAUGCAGAACCACGCUUGUGAAGCCGUGCCGAGACGGCUACGACCACUGGCUCCUGCUUGAACACUGUGUGAGCUGGGGCGAGCUUCAGGAGUUGUCUGCUGUGCUACCGCACGGGGAAUGCGAUGUUGUGUGUGUGCUCACGACUGAUCGAACACCGCUUGAGGACAUGAUGAUCGUGCCAAGCAGGUCAGUCAAGGAUUACAUCAGUUGGAGCGGGCCGCAGCCAGCAGAUCCCAAUGCAGGGGAGCUUGAUGAAUAUGAGCCCAGUGAUGAUGGAAUGGCAGAGGCUUUCGAGCCCGCCGAAGUGAGUGUGUCUCCCUUGCCUGAUGUUGAAGUUGCAGAUGCGCCGAUGCCGGAGCGCAAGAGUGAGCGAGAUGUUCUGGUGUAUGAUGGCGUCGAGUUGUCUUUGGCAUCGACCUUGAAUGUCAUCAGAGCUUCGUGCAAGGCUGCUGGUCUCUCCCAGUCUGGGAGCAAGCAGCGCUGUCUUGACAGGUUGAAGUGUUAUCUUGAGAAGCAGGACAUUGCUCUGAAGAGUGAGGUUGCUCAAGCAGUCGAAGGCGACAGCACGCGUGUUGCAAAAGGUCAGGCAAUGAACAAAGAGCCAUCGAAGGCCGAGCGUGAUUUGCACAAUCUCACGCACUGGCCUUUCCAAGGCUGGUGUGAUCACUGCUUGUCCAUGCGCGGGCUUGAGGACCGGCACCAGUCGAUCCCAGACAGUCCCGACCGGGACACUCCAAUUGUAAGCUUCGACUUCUGUUACACUUCCGUGACCACAGAUGAUUCAGACCUUCAGCACCACAAGCUCACAAUUUUAGUAGCGCACGAUACAGCGACAGGUUCAGUUUUUGGACUUCCGGUUGCAAGCAAGGGUAAAGAUGAUUUGAAAUUUGCAGCGAUCGAACUGACCAGAUUUGUGCAGUCGCUGGGGCAUAACACGAUUGCCCUCCAGACCGACAAUGAGCCGAGCACUGUCGCGCUGCAAAACUUGAUCAUCGGUGUCCGAACAAGAUUGAACUUCAAAACCGUUGUGCGCAAUGCUGCUGUCGAGUCCCAUGCCUCCAAAGGGUAUGUGGAAAAGACGGUUGAUCUGCUGCGAGGGCUUUCCAAUGUUUUCCUUGACCAGGCCCGUGCCAAGUUCGGUUUAGGCCCUGAUGACCUAGGACCCAGUCACCCCUUGAUGGCAUGGAGUUACGUGCAUGCAGCUUUCAUCCUUAACAGGUUUGCUGUCAGAGGAGGUGCCACCGCUUUUGAGCGAGCAACCGGGUUCAGGUAUUCAGGCAAGCUUGGAAUGUAUGCCGAGCCCGUCUGGGGCUACCGAAAAGGGAAGCACAAAGGCGACCGCCGAUGGCACAGAGCCCUCAUGCUGACUAAGAGUCCAAGCAAUGACAUGUAUGUGUUGUGCAACUCUGCAGGAGUGUGGCUCACCAAGUCAAUCAGGCGAAAUGACAAGCCGUGGGAGUCCGAGCAGAGUCUGGCGAUUGAUGCCAAAGGAUUUCCUUGGGAUUAUCAGCUUGGUUUGCUUGGCACAAAGGUUGUUCCACAGGCUAGGCAUCGCGUGCCCAAGCCAGCUGACAAGGGUGAGCCCGAUGCUCCCCAAGGUGAGGUUCAGGUUGAGGCGCCAAGAAUGCCAGACAUGCCGGCCAUGGCGGGGAUCCCUCCUGCACCUGUGCCAGCUGAGUCAGUGCAACCGCCAAGCGUUGCGGCGGGGACCCCAGCGCCUUCUUCGAGAGCCACGCUUCUUCUUGACCGGUCUGAUCGUGCUCCGACAAGUGUUGUUGAGCCUGCUGCAGCCCCAGCGCCGCUUGAGUCACCAAUGGAAGUUGCUGCUUCUGAUCCGCCGUCUCCUGAAGGCGGAACGCCGGUGAUACCGAUGACAGAUGAUGAUCUUCUCAUCGAUGUUGCAAAGCGGGCGCAAGAUGCUAUCGAUCCGCAGCCCAGUGGGCAGGCAUCCAAGUACCAGCGCAUCGCCAGGGUUGGCGCUGAGGAGCUUCCCAUCAAUGAUGAGGUUCUUGAAUCAGCCCCUGAGUGGGAGGAUGCUGAAAGGUAUCUUGAGUUGUCAGAUGAGGCUGCAGCUGAAUGGGAUGUGACCAACACUGAGGACAGCCAUGCCCUUGACAACGAAGAGUGUCUUUGGUAUGAUUCGAUCCCUGAUUUGUCCGAGCAACAGCAAGAGGAGCUUGAUCGAAUCGCUGAUUCUUUCGAGGUGCAGCGCUUGCUUCGCAAAGGCGUCCUUGAGGAGAUCGGGGAUGAAGUGGACACGUCGGACCACAAGGAAUUGUCUUCGAAGUUCGUGAGGACAUGGCGUAAGAAACUGCACAAAGACAAGAUGAUGUACUUUAGACGGUCCAGGCUGGUAGCUCGCGAGUACCGGUGGCUGGAGCGGGACAGAGAGGAUCUUUAUGCACCAGCAACGUCAGCCAUCACCACCAAGCUUUUGCCGUGGCUGUAUUGCGAGCUCAGCCGGCGAGCCAGAGAGUCUCCUGAUGAGCGUCCCAUGCUGGCCAAGAUCCCUGGAUUUGCAAGCCGAAUGCGGUUUCUCAAGAUGCUCCCUGGACAGCGGGACGGGACAGCCCGAUGGCAUCAAUUCAUCAUGAACUACAUCCGCGAGGAGCACAAGCUCACAAGCUGUGCUGAGUGCCCAUCGGUGUAUAAGAUCGUUGAUCCCAAGGGCCGUGUAAACCCCGGGUUGAUACAUGUAGAUGACUUGUGCCUGGUUGGGUUUGUCCAGUGGCUUCUUAAAGAGCUAGUCCCAAGCUUUGAGAAAACCUUUGAAGUGUCCUACGAGGUAGCCUGCAUGCCUGGAGACAGCUUCAAGUUUCUUAAAAGAGAGCACAUAAUUCUUGAUGAUGGGAUCUUGAUAAAGCCACUUGCGGACCAUGCUGUGAAUAUGGCAAACCUUCUUGAUGUGCCGUUGCAUCGGAAGUUCCCUACGCCGUGCACCAAGGAGCUUCUCAUGCCGGAUGCAAGCAAGGAGCUGGACUCUGCUCGAGCAGCCAAGUACCGCAGCGCCGUUGGGAUAGGCAUGUAUGUGUCACAGGAUCGGAGUGACAUUGCUUUCACGGUGAGGGUGUUAGCCCAGAACCUUAAAGCACCGACCGAGCGCGGCUGGCAGUUUGCGCAACGCCUUGCAGGGUAUCUUGUUGGAACGGCCGGCUACGCAAGCAAGGUGCAUGCCAAGGGCGAUCGAGCAAGCAUUCUUGAGCCACCUGAUGCCGAGGAGUGUCUUGAUGGCGUUCGGCUAGAGGUGUUCUGUGAUGCAGACUGGAGCGGCAACAAGCAGACUCGCCGGUCGAUGAGCAGCAGCUCGUUCUUUUUGAACAGCUGCUGCGUCUAUACUUCCUGUAAGAGCCAACGCUGCGUAAGCCUCAGUAGUGCGGAAAGCGAAUUUUACGCCCUGGUGUCCGCGGCGUGCGACGGCAUCUACCUGAAAAGGGUUCUUGAAUACCUGCUUGAACUACCGGUAGAUCUUCUGAUGAGGACUGAUAACAGCUCCUGUCGCCAGAUAUCUUUGAAGCAGGGUGUAUCAAAGAUCAGGCAUCUUGAUGGAAGGUUUCUCUGGAUACAGGAGAAGACAGCCGAUCGCACACUCCGCGUGCAGCCGGUCGAUGGGAGGAGGAACCCAUCAGAUCUGGGAACCAAGGUUCCGUGCUCAGGAUCCCGCCUACGUGCUUUGUUGUGCAUGCAUGACUUUGUGUACUGUGCGGGUGACUGCAUAGAGGAGGUAGGCCGUGCAGAGCAUGAUGCGUUGUUGGAGCAGUUGCAGCGUGAGCGUGAAACACAGAGGGUUCGCAGACUUGUGUGUAAGACGCUAAAGAGCAACGGGAUGCAGAGCUUCAACGCUGCAAUGAUGGUGAUGAUGCUAUCGCUUGUGCAAGGUGCCGAGAGCAGUGGUACCAGGCGUGAGGUCGGUGUGCAGACCGAUGAUGAUGCACGGUGGGCGCAGUCGCUGGCCGUCUUGGUGAUUUGCACAUGUGCUAUCCUUCUUGCCUUGAAAUCUUUGAGCCUUGGGCGGCUAUGGACCACAGAGGGCAAUGAAGAUGACAUCACCUUGAACGUGAGCAGUGCCAGCACCUCCACCGAAGAAGUUUAUGAGCAGGGAACCGACGGUUGGUGGAAUUGGGUUCCAUUGACUUUCACCUGCAGCCUUUCAGCGUUCUGCCUGGCAAUCAUGAUGUGCCUGCGACGGGUGCGAGCCGCACUGCAUGCCGCUGAGCAGGAGAACGAGCGCUUGAGCAGAUUGAUCGCUGAAAUGAACUACGACCGUAUCGCUUGGGGAGAAUACCACGAGGCGAAAGAUCGAACAAGAGAGAGAACGCUGCCAAUGCCAGAGCCGAACCGUGCUAUCUUCAUAGAUGGCGAUGCCGCACGCGGUUCCAACGAUGUGAUCCAGCAUGUGCCUGAGUUGCAUGUUUAUUGCACUUUGAGACGAGGCAAGUCGUACCACAAAAGUAGGAAUUGUACUUGUCUGAACAAUGCUGAUGAGAUCGUGAAGCUUGGAAUCGCCACAGCCCGUGAGCGAGGUUACAAGCCGUGCGGAAGUUGCUUUGGUGGCAGCAAGAAACAAAAGUGA